AGUAAACGGUUUCGAGUGAAAGAAAGGGUCGUUUCGGUUUAUCAGCAUAAUUUUUCGCUCUUUCUUGUGCUUAAUUUUUAGUGUUUUCUAUAGUAUUUUUUGUGUGAAAUUUUAAGACACUUAGAGUCUGGGGAGAGUUGUGUUUCUUCCAGGUUCAAUAAAAAUGAAGAGGAAACUUUCACAUACAAAUCAAGAAUCCGAAAAAAAAGUCGGGGAACAAAGCACCUGGUCCCUUUAUAGCUUAGUUAGCACUGUCGCGGUUAUAUGUCAUUUGAACGGACUAAAUGGUGAUUUCGUGCACGAUGACAUUCCUGCAGUGAUACGUAAUAAAGACGUUCUAGCUAAUAAUCCGCUCGGACGUAUUUUCAUGAACGAUUUCUGGGGAACGCCCAUGGCAGAAAUGACCAGCCAUAAAUCUUAUAGACCAUUCACCGUUCUUACAUUCAGAGCUAACUAUUUGGUCUUUGGCUUGAAUCCUGCAUGGUUCCAUUUGACAAACAUACUACUACAUAGCGCAGCCUGUUCCUUGUUCACCCGAGUAUGCUUGUGCGUAGCUGGUCUACGACCACAGUUUGCGGCUUUGGCAGGCAUUCUUUUCGCAAUUCAUCCCAUUCACACGGAGGCGGUAACUGGAAUCGUGGGGAGAGCGGAUGUUUUGGCAUGCAUGUUUUUUCUUCUCUCGCUACUUGCAUACCAUGGUAGGGCUGAUGGAAUUUAUCAUGUCUGGAUCAGUAUUCUACUGGGUGGUCUUAGCAUGCUGUCUAAAGAAACUGGAAUCACAAUUUUAGUGAUCAAUCUGGCUUAUGACUUUUUUCUACAUUGGCAUUGUUUAAAACGGUCUUUAGGUGAAAGAAAGUGGAAUAAAGAAACUCUUCAAUUUACUAAAAGGGCUGCAAAGAUCCUUACGUCGCUUGGUAUUCUGCUGACUCUAAGGCUUGCAAUUUUGCAAGGAUCUCUACCGAAAUUUUCCCAGCAAGACAAUCCCGCAGCCUUUCAUCCUUCGAUUUACGUCAGAUUUCUGACUUUUGGAUACUUAGCGGCCUUCAACAUGUGGCUUCUGCUGUGUCCAUCAACCCUGUCCCACGACUGGCAAAUGGGAUCUAUUCCUUUAGUAACAACCAUUUCCGAUUUGAGAAAUUUAGUAACCAUAUUCUUCCUUGGACUAACAUUUUUAUUAGCCAUAAAAAGUUUAUCGGAAUUUGAGCCUCAAAAACAUACUCCGUUAGUAUUGGGGCUUCUACUACUAGUGCUACCUUUUUUACCAGCUUCCAAUUUAUUAGUCACUGUGGGAUUUGUUGUGGCAGAACGAUUGCUGUAUAUUCCAAGUCUUGGAAGCAUCCUCCUCAUCGUGUACGGAAUUCAAAUAUUAUGGUACAGAUGCUAUUUUCAUAGACAAACAAUUGUUUCUUUGGUUUUGUUGCUACUAGUUUCCGGCGUUUUGAGAACCUUGAUAAGAAACAGGGAUUGGCUUUCAAGAGAAUCCUUACUAAGGGCUGGACUAAUUACACUACCAUACAACGCCAAGAUGCAUUACAAUUACGCAAAUUUCCUAAGGGACGCAGCGAAACCAGAAUUAGCGAAGACCCAUUAUCUAAAAGCCCUAGAAUUGUGGCCGGCGUAUGCUAGUGCGCACAAUAAUAUUGGAACUCUACUUGACAAUCGCUAUGAAGCAGAACUUCACUUCCUUCUGGCUAUUCGACAUUACUCAGAACACAUCAAUGCUCAUUACAAUUUGGGGAAAUUAUACAGGAUGAACAAUAGAUCGAUUGAAUCAGAACGUAUGCUCAGAAAAUGUAUCAAAUUGGAUCCAAGAUUCACUCCGGCUUAUAUAGAGCUUGCCAAACUACGCGGACCUAACGAUCAAAGCGUAAAUCGAUUCUUAAAAGAAGUUGUUAUUAUGAAUCCAUCCGAUCCUUAUUUUUCUACUAAUUUCGCAAACUGGUUGUCAAGAAAAGGCAACUAUAAAGACGCUCUUUGGCACUACUGGAAAUCUCUUCAAAUAUCACCAACACAUGAAGAAGCACUUGCAGGCGCUGCAAAGAUUUUACAGAAAUUUGGUCAAAAGGCGAGGCUUUUUCAGCUCAUUACCAGGUGGCAGGUAGUAAAAAGGAGUGAUAGAGGACAACUACCACUAGGUCGUCAUUUGUAUCUACAAGUAUGGCGAUUGAAUGGAGAGCUGAGUCAUAGAGCUAAAAUAUAUGACGUAGAUUCUACAUCGUUGACAACUUCAACAGCUCAAACCAACAGUAAUCCUAGCAAGAUAGGCAGGAAUAGUUCGAGACCUCGAACAGACAACACCAACUCUUUGAGACCGUUAACGAUUCUUCAUUUUUUAGAUAGUGUAUAAUCAUUUUCACAUGAUAACAUUGAUACUGUUGUAAUUGGAAAGGUGAACAAUACAAGAGAAAAGGUCAUUCUCACAAGGCAAAGUCAGAAAGCCGUUUUCAUUUAAUUUGAUCAGUCACUGAGUCCAUGACUUUUUGAAUGAACAAACGUUUUCAAAUAGAAAAUAAUUCGAUUUUUCAACGUAAUCUAUUUUGAUUUCAAAGUUUAAGUUCAAGCUUCUAAAAGAAGAAAUAGACAGGUGGUGCCAAGUUUACAGAAUAGAAUGAAUAAACUACCAAUUUAUUAUUUUUCCUCAUAAAAACUGCACAAGCGUUGAAUGAUUCUGGUCAUCAUCUGCAAAUUAUUAUUUCAAUACUUUUAUUGAAGUCAAUGUUUAUAUACGAUGCGAUCCGUAUGUAUGGAAUAAAUUCAAUUUUAGCGUUAUUAUGUACUAUGUGAAAAAAACCUGAAACAGGUCGAUUUUUAUUUUCAAAUUGACAAUUAACACUAUGAAAAUAUUAUUCUCCUCCAGCAUCUCUGAAUUAUAAACACAACACUUGUUGGAAAGAAAUUUUAGUCUUCUGUUCAGCAAUAUAAGUUUUUUCAAAUUUGGUACAAUCAUAAGUGAUAAAAUUAAUUUUUGAGAUGUAUAAUUUUGAUAAUGUCUCUAUCACAAAGUUUUACGUAGAAUGAAGAUAAUAAUGUCGCAUAAUAUUUAGAACGUAAUUUUGAACGUGCUAUUUACUUCUUGACAAUAACCGAGGUGAUUUUGGAAGUCAUAUCGGGGGAUCUAGCCGGCCAUUCAAUCGUUCCACUACUGGGAAAAACCUCAUUUGAAUUAUUUCUAACUGUACGUGCAAAAUGCGGCGGAGCUCCAUCUUUAUGGUAGUAAAUAGAUCGAUUUAUCUCAUUUAGAUGAUUAACAUCAGGAAAAAGUCUUUGAAAUGUUGGCAUCAAGAGGUUGAUCGAAAAAUCUGGAUAAACCUUAACAUUGACAGUGCCGUCAAAAAAAUAAAGGCCAAUAAUUUUAUUGUUAAUGAAACCAGCCCAAACGUUCACUAUUUUAGAAGAUUGAGAUAUUGAGCCUCACACAUCCAGUAAGGGUUUUCUUUGCUACCAUAUCUACAGUUCUGUUUGUUAACCUUUCCAUUUCAAUGAAACGUCGGUUCAUCAGAAAAAACUAUUUUGUUUAUGAACCUAUCAAAAUAGAUGAUUUACUCACAUCAUAGUCUAGAAGUAAUCUAACUUUUUUUAUCAGUAAAUUGAACAUUUCUAAAUGAUUUUUCAAUCUUUUUCACAUGGGCAGUUUCGCGAAAUCUUUUUUUCAAUAAUGCUAACUGUAGACUGCGGAAUGUGUUGACCAGGGUAAUUAUUAUUAAAAAUUCCACAAACCUCCUUUUAAGCUCUUCUUUAAUUACCACAAUCAAUCAUAAUUAAAAUUGCUUGAGUCUAGGACAAAUGGGCCAUAAUUAAUUUUAAUAUGCGUACAGGUUCUUUUCACCUAGGACGUAACGCUGAAAUUGAAUUUAUUCCAUACAUAUAAACCACAUUGUAGAAACGUUUGGUGUCUAGGGUGUUUGGAGAAUCCACGCUUCAUUCACGUUUAUGAAUCAGGUCCACAUUGCACUUCACAACACUUAACACUUAACAAAAUUUGCUAACAAACGUAGCGGUCAUCACCCAAAAAGUUUUCUUCUACUAAGUGAUCGCUCAUAAUUGUAAGCAAUGCGCAAUAUAAAGAUGAUGGCUUCUACAAUAUCUCACACUUCCAAUCCUCGAUUGGCCAAUAUCAGUAUCAUAAAUAUAGAGCUUCCGGGUAUCUUCUGUACUUGAACGGAAACAAUGGUUUAAUCUACCCGAUAGAAGUUUAAGAUGCAGUGUUAUCGAUUGAAAUAUAUCGUGCAUUGUUUCCAAUUGAAAUUAAUGGGUCAGUUCCCAUAAUAUUCAUUAAGCUGAUCCGAAUGAGAGCGAGGAAUACUUUAUUUUCCAUUUUCUACUUCAAUCAUAAGCUACUAGACACAAAUAAAAUGAGGCAGCUUCUCCAAAUUUUGACAGAACUCAAAUAACUGAUAUUAAAAAAACAGGAAAUUCAAAACGUCAAGGACUUUUACUUCACAAUUUUAAGAAUAUGGUGACGAUUCUUAAAACAGAACUCAUACAUUGAACUAUCCACCUUUCUAGAAUUUAUUGAACAACUGAUGAAUUGUUUUUAGUUUCGCAAAGUACUUUGUAUCUUUAAUAUUUAGUAGCUAAAUCAAUAUUUCGUACUAUUUAAUAAUUUUAUAGAUGUAAUUACACACUUUUUUAUGUGAAAAACACAAUAAACAUAACUAUUUCUAUGAAAAUUGACUAAUCGUAUUGAAAAUGGGGAGUCUAAUAGAAUGAGUUGUCAAAAAUAUAUUUAGUAUGCUCAAGAGUUAGACUGUUUGUAUGGGUAUUCACCCAUUGUGAAAUCAUCAAGAUAUUUUUGAAAGAAGCUCAAAUUUCUAGUACAAGUGUUCCAUUUUUUUUUUGGCUUUUGAACAUUGGUAAAGAUGAAAUCAAGAAUAUUAAUAUGCAUUGAUAAAAAUUUUCGUUAUCAAUUCAAUCAAGAGCCAGCUGGCAACAGUGUGGUAGAACUGUCUGGAUUUUUGAUCCUAGAGCACUUAAGGGUACUGAAAUUGUCGAAAUCUGGCUAACCUUAGAACCGCUUUCCUUGGUAUGUACAACAAUAUAAUCAUCUACAUAUCUCCUAAACCAUAUAUUUUAUAAAGUUGAAAGGUAACUUUUUUGUUACAACAACGAUUGAAAAGUUCAUUUUUGCUAUAUUUCUGUCACACAUAUAACAUGGACUUAUGUAAUCAUGCGUUGAAAAUUCAUAUUGUUUAAGUGUAUAAUUUAGAAAAUAUAUAAAUAUAAGUUCUGAUUUCGCAGCUUUGAAGGUCUGUAACUCAGAAACGAGUGGACGUACGUGAAAACUUUUUCCAGAUCACAGCAUUAUUUCCACGUCAUCUUCUCACUUCCAUUUUUUUGCAUGAAGUCCUGGAAUACCCUGUAUAUCGACUCCGAGGUUUGACAGUAUGGAAUGAAAUUUCUUUUCUGUAAAUAUUCAUACCCAAAAUUCAGAAAGUGUUUUAUUGACGUUCAAUCAAUACAGAAACAAAGCUUUGUUAUAUGCUUACAAAAGUCGCAUUAGGUAUUCUAAAACUAUUUUUAACAAAAAGCUUAUCUUCCGAACUAAACUGAUUUUCAAACUUCCAUAGCCAAAUUAGUUUCUGUCGAAACUUGACAUCAAUUUCUCAUGAAAAUUCUAUAAAAUGAACAGACGUGAAGAAAAUUCUCAAUUCUAUGUAAUACAGUAAGAGCCAAAGCCACAAAUGGGAUAUUUUUUAUUUCUGAUUUCUCAGAAAAGCGAAUUUACGAGAUCGUACAAACUUUGGAUACCAUUAUAAAAGGAACAGUCAUAUAUAAAUUUAAUAUCUUGUUCAUAUUUUUUACAUGGUGUUCAACAUUAUCAUGUUUGUUUCAUCACUUCAGUACAUCACAUAUAUAUGAAUAAACCAAAAAUAUAACAAAGAAUUGAUUUCGGAAAUAUUGUAGUGCAUGAGACUGAUCAAUUAUAUAAUAAUCCAUCGAAAACCAAGACUAAGAUAGUAAAGACAGAGCUUAAAGUCUUUAGUAACUAAAUAGUUAGAUGAAAGUAUUUCAAAGUGAUUUAGUUUCAUGAGUAAAUACCAAGAUGUAUUGAUAUUUUGUUAGCCUAAACUAGUUCCAUGCAUAAACAAAAUAUUGCGUUACCAUAGCAAAGAACAAUAAGAAAAAUAAUAAAAUAUUUUGACAUUGAAAUUUUGUUUGGUUAGGCUAAGAAUUUUUCAAUAUAUUCUCGUAAUAUGAAAUUAUCUUUUAUCUAGUCACUUUCGGAACUUUUAACAAAAUGUAACUAUAGUUAGAAAAAUUUCAUAUUUUCAUAUUUCAAGGAACUGUUAUUUUUCCAACGACAUAUUUUGGAGGGAAAAUCUUAAUAUCAUUAUGUUUGCCAUUUCUUUUGAAAUUUCGAUUCAUAUAACAUAUUUUAUCAAAAUUUAUAAGUAAAGAACCCUAACUGUGAUAAUGUUUUAUCGUUUUGACAAUGUGAAGUUAACACAGUGUUUUCUUCGUUUUACAUUUUUUCACUUCAAUUUAGAAAAGAAGUAUCGUAUCUUAGCGAGAGCUAAGUUGGAAUUUCUGGAACCGUUGGUGAUAUUCAUCAUGAGCACACUGUUUACACCAACACUCAUAAUUACACUGUCUGACGCGCGUUUCAAUGAGGAGAACUAUUUAAGCUACUUUAAAUUUAGAGUAGCUUAAAUAAGGAUAAAUAAUCAAUUCCUAACAGCCCUCUCAAUAGUUUAGUAGUCAAUGAAUAAAUGUUAACAUUGCCGCCAAGGAGGUUUUUCCACUGGAAGGUUUAUUGGUGGGAAAAUUUGGUAUAAAUCAGAUCAAUCAAGUCAUCAGGUUUUAGUUUACCUUCAGUCUCCGAAGACGGUAACUUGGUUAUCGAAACGCGCCUCAGGCAUUGUAAUUGUGAGUGUUGGUGUAGUGGUGGUGUAAACAGUGUAUUCAGAAAUAGUGAGAGCUACUUCUUGAAAAUAACUCAGAUACUUUGAAAAAAUACCUAAUAAGUAGUUAUAUUUAAACAGUAACUAUCCCAACUCUAAAUGAUGGUACAUUCCGUUUAAUCCAUUCUUCAUAUUAGAAGGAAAUAUUUUGAUUGAACAAAUACCAUGCAGAAGCUUUGUUCAUUUUUUUAAAUGGUUCAUUCCAUCUCUCUCCGUAACGAUUAGUACGGAUUGAAAAGAGCUUAUUUCCCGCAAAACUUGCUCUAGUGACCCGGAUUUGAAUUUUUUGUUGAAUCUUCUGUAGUGUUUAAUUAGAAAAUCAACGAGAACCAAGAGAAAGUCCAACUAUAGUCUACACUACACUAAUUUCAGAUGACAAAAUAUGAAUCAAUAUAUAAUUUAGUUCGCAAAGUCCGAAAAUUUGAAUUUUUCUAUAAUGAUUUCCAUUCAAAAAGUUUUGUAUGAAUCCAGCAGCUUACCUAAUGUUUGUGUAGUAUAUCUGUCUCGUUUGUCAACUAUCCAUUUUUAUAAUUUUGAUGAAGAAUUAUUUCGAAAGUAAAUAGUUAUGUUUAUCCGUGCUAAAUUGCCUGAACGCAAAACAAUGAGGUUUUGUGUCGAGUAAUAGAACUAUUUUAUCAUACGUACAAUAUGUUGUAUUUUUUUCUUAUUAUACGAGUAAUAAAUUUGAAUAAAACAUAA